AUGCUUAACAAGCUCUCCGGGCAGCCAGAGAGCUACGAGAAAAAGGCCUUGUAUAAAUUCGGACGAACGCUCGGUGCGGGUACAUAUGGUAUCGUCCGUGAGGCUGAGGCCCAGGAUGGUACCAAGGUUGCGAUCAAGAUCAUUCUCAAGAAGAAUGUUCGCGGCAACGAGGGCAUGGUCUACGAUGAGCUAGAGAUGCUGCAGAAGCUUCAGCACCCUCACAUUGUCUCCUUUGUCGACUGGUUCGAGUCCAAAGACAAAUUCUACAUCGUCACUCAACUAGCCACUGGUGGCGAGCUGUUCGACCGAAUCUGCGAAUACGGCAAAUUUACGGAGAAGGACGCGUCGCAGACUAUUCGCCAGGUGUUGGAUGCUGUCAACUACUUGCACAAGAAAAACAUUGUGCACCGAGAUUUGAAGCCCGAGAAUCUUCUUUACCUCACACGUGCCGCCGACUCCCAGCUGGUCCUGGCAGAUUUCGGUAUCGCGAAGAUGCUGGAAAGCCCCUCAGAACAGCUUACCAGCAUGGCAGGCUCGUUCGGAUACGCCGCGCCCGAAGUCAUGCUCAAGCAGGGCCACGGCAGGCCUGUCGACAUGUGGUCGCUCGGCGUUAUCACUUAUACUCUUCUGUGUGGUUACUCGCCCUUCCGCUCUGAAAACUUGACCGACUUGAUUGAAGAGUGCCGGGCAGGCCGCAUCGUCUUCCACGAGCGCUACUGGAAGGGCGUCUCUCAGGACGCCAAGGACUUCAUUCUUACCCUUCUGCAGCCUGAUCCCACCCAGCGCGUCACCUCUGAAGAGGCUUUGAAGCACGUGUGGCUGACCGGUACCACCGCCAGCGACCGCGAUUUGCUGCCUGAGAUCCGUGCCUACAUUGCCAAGGCUCGCCUUCGCCGCGGUAUCGAGAUUGUCAAGCUGGCCAACCGUAUCGAAGCUUUGAAGAUGCACGAAGAAGAGGGCGAGGAGGGCGAGGAAGACAUUCCCAGCCCCAUGAACAUCGGCGAUGCCAGCGAGGAAAGCGCUGCGGCCCCGACAGAGGGUGAGCCCAGCCCCGAUGGUACCAGGAAGAAGCGUAGUCUGAGCAAGAUUGCCCGCGGUGCUAUCUUCCGCGAGGUCGUCUUAGCCAAGGUGCGCGAGGUCAAGGAGAACGAAGAGCGGGAGAAGGUCGAGCGUGAGGCUCGCGAAAAAGCUGCUCAUGCUUGA